UCGCGGCUGCUCUGUUUCUUGAGUGCGAGGUGUCUGUACUGUCGCUAUGGGUGUGACUCACGAAGCGGGGCUGUCCCCUCAGGCGUCCCCAGUGGAGCAGGACCCGUGUGGAGGAGGCCCAGCUGGCUGGGGCCGAAGUGUCCUGGCGGCUCAGGGGAACCAGCACCGGGGGUGCCCGGACGCUCCCAGCGGAACAGAGACUGGGUAUUACAGACCGGCAACGAAAAUGGAACCAGCUUCUGAAAGUACUUGCAUGGAGAAAACAGUGGUCAGGAAAACAGAAGAUAUGACAGGCUUCAUGGAUGACUUAACGCUUAGCUCGCCGAAGAAGAGAGAGUCAUCUCUGAGGUCCAAGAGAAGCUGUGAUAGGUCAUCGACAAGGUCGUCCAGCCAAUCCUCUUGCAGUUCACGGUCCAGCUCAAGUAGCUCCUCCUCAGCUUCCUCCAGGAGUUGGAGCCGGUCCAGAUCCCGAUCAAGGUCACGGCCUAGAAGAAACAGUUCCCGAAGGUACAGAAGAUACUCGCGCUCAUAUUCCAGAAGCCGGUCAAGAUCACGUGGCUACAUGAGGUACCGGGGGAGGUACCAUGCCAGGCACUAUCGGAGGUACCACCGCUCUCCUCCAAGGUAUAGGUCUCGCAGCAGGUCCUGGUCUCAUGGAAGAUCAUACUAUAGAAGGUCCUACUCGAGAAGCAGAUCACGUUCAAGGGGCCGGAGGUAUUAUGGAUUUGGGCGAACGAUAUAUCCUGAGGCUUAUAGGAGCUGGAGAAGCAGGUCACGAACAAGGUCUCGGAGUCGAUCACCUCUCCAUUUGAGUGAAAAAGAGAAGAGGGAACUCCUGGAAAUUGCAAAAGCUAAUGCUGCCAAAGCUCUGGGAACAGACAACAUAGUCUUGCCAGCGAGCCUAAAGAUCCUUACUCCUUCCAAAGAAACAAAAAAUGAAAAACAAGAGCACAAAGAUCCUGGAGAGUCGGCUGAGCAACCCGGAAGACCAGCAGAAGACAUGACCAAGAGCGGAAUGGAGAGAGCAACGAUACAGAGAAGCAUUUCUUUCAGUCCUAAUAACACAAUGGCCAAACCAGUCCUGCAGAAGCCAGUGACCCAGGCUGUAAAAGAACUGGCAGUUUCUCCGGUGAGGGAAGAUGACAGGAAGGGAAGCCCCUAUGGGCAGUGGGUUCCUGUCAAGAAGGAGGAGAAGAAAACAUUUUUAAACUUCUCACCCCGCAGUACAGCGUUCCGGGCACGCUAGCGUGUUUCUCUGGCUGCAGUGUUAUACAUUUCAGUAGUGAGAUCUGAAGUGUUCUGAUCCAAUUGAAGACUUGUUAAUACUGAGUAUUUAUUUUGAAAUCUUAAAUGUGGAGUCUUAGGUUUCUCUUCCAGGUGUAGAGCACAGUGAUCCAGAAGAUGGGAAUCUUGUGUACAGGUUGUAAAUAUUUUGUAUUGCUUUAAUGGACUAGCACUUCCAGGUGGGUAACUUUUUCUAAACAAUAGAUCAGUAGCUGUUAUUUUGAACACGUGAUUUAUGUUGUAUAACUGUUUAAGUAAAUAAACUUUUAGUUUUGCAAUGGC